UUAUUUGUUGUACACAGGAGCCAUACUGGGGAGGUCGGAGACCCAGGAAUGUAUCUAUUAUAACGCCAGUUGGGAAAAGGACAAGACAAAUCACAGUGGUAUUGAGCGCUGCCAGGGAGACCAUGACAAGAGGAGGCAUUGUUUUGCCACGUGGAAGAAUACCUCUGGAUCUAUAGAAAUACUUAAGCAAGGCUGUUGGUUGGAUGACAUCAACUGCUAUGACAAGAAUGAAUGCGUGGAGCGGAAGGAGAACCCUGAUGUCUUCUUCUGUUGCUGUGAAGGCAGUGCGUGCAAUGAGCGUUUCUUCCACUUUCCAGAGGCUGACAUCACCCAGCCAACUUCUCUCCCAGUCUCCCCAAAGCCUCCUCUGUUCAAUACGUUACUUUACUCUCUGGUUCCCAUCAUGGGUUUAGCUGUGAUCAUCCUUUUCUCCUUCUGGAUGUACAGACAUCAUAAGCUUGCUUAUCCUCCGGUGCUGGUCCCAACUCAGCACGCCUUUCACAUAAUGAUAGAGGAUCCAGGACCUCCACCACCCUCUCCGCUGCUGGGGCUGAAGCCUCUGCAGUUACUGGAAGUGAAAGCUCGAGGGAGGUUUGGUUGCGUGUGGAAAGCACAGUUGUUAAAUGAACUCGUAGCUGUCAAAAUAUUCCCCAUACAGGACAAAUUGUCGUGGCAAAAACGAAUAUGAGGUCUACAGCCUGCCUGGCAUGAAGCAUGAAAAUAUCUUGCAGUUCAUCGGAGCAGAAAAACGAGGCACCAACCUGGACACAGACCUCUGGCUCAUAACUGCUUUCCAUGAAAAGGGUUCACUUACAGAUUUUCUCAAGGCAAAUGUGGUUACUUGGAGUGAGCUGUAUUACAUUGCUGAGACGAUGGCUAGAGGCCUGGCAUACCUCCACGAAGAUAUCCCCAACCUGAAAGACGGCCACAAGCCAGCAAUUGCUCACAGAGAUAUCAAGAGCAAAAAUAUCCUCCUGAAAAACAAUCUGACGGCCUGUAUAGCAGAUUUUGGUCUUGCUCUUAAGUUUGAAGCUGGUAAAUCUGCUGGUGACACACAUGGUCAGGUGGGAACCCGGAGGUACAUGGCUCCUGAAGUGCUAGAGGGUGCUAUUAAUUUCCAGAGGGAUGCCUUCCUGAGGAUAGACAUGUACGCCUUCGGUCUCGUCCUCUGGGAACUGGCAUCUAGGUGCACGGCAUCAGAUGGUCCUGUGGAUGAGUACAUGUUACCGUUUGAGGAGGAAAUAGGCCAGCACCCGUCUCUGGAGGACAUGCAGGAGGUGGUGGUACAUAAGAAGAAAAGGCCUAUUUUAAGGGAAUGUUGGCAGAAACACGCAGGGUUGGCGAUGCUCUGUGAAACCAUCGAGGAGUGCUGGGAUCACGACGCAGAAGCCCGGUUAUCAGCAGGCUGCGUGGAGGAGCGGAUCAUCCAGAUGCAAAGACUCACAAAUAUCAUUACCACAGAUGACAUUGUAACAGUGGUCACCAUGGUGACAAAUGUGGACUUCCCGCCCAAGGAAUCUAGUCUAUGA